UGGUAGACAAACAAAAAUCUAUUUUGAUGUCUUAUCCAAAUCCAACCAAUGAGGAGGCAGAUAUAAAUUGCAAAAUGCAACAACACUAUCCCACUCUAUCUUCUAUUAGUGUCUACCAAUUUUUGUAACAUCACUUGCUUUUAACGCAUUCUUGGAUUAGCCAUGACACACUCACUAUCUCCUCUCUUACCGGCUGCUCACGCCGGUAGCCUCUCCUCUCCAUCACCGCGGUCACGGCCGCAGACUCCUCCCAUCAUCCUUGAAGUUCCACAAAUUAAUCGCAGGACAAUUGUCGUGGGGUUAGGCGGUGCACUAUGGAGUUGGAACGCUCUAAACGGUAAGGAGGAGGCAAUGGCGGCAGCAAGACGGCCGCCUCCGCCACCAACGGCGGAGAAGAAAGACCCAAACGUGAGCGGAGUUCAAGCUAAGGUAUUAGCGAGCAGGAAGCGUAAAGAGGCAAUGAAGGCUUCAAUGGCUAAACUUAGAGAGAAAGGCAAAUCUGUUAUUGAAGAUGAACCAUCUUCUCCUCCUUCCUCUUCUUCUGAUCAAUAGUAUCCACGCAAAAAUCUAAACCCUUUCAUUCAUAUAUAUGUCUCUAUCAAAUUCAUCUCGAUCAUGUUAGUUCACACUACUGUAUUUCAAUUGAUUCUUAUGAUGAUUCUGUGGCAUCAGAUCCAGCAUUAGUAAUUUAGCUUUUGUGAAAUCAUCACAGUUAGAUUAGACAAUUUGAGGAUCAUACGACAAUAGAAUCAAACAUUAGCCAACAUAUAACAUAAUUUAUUAUAAAAUAAAAUAAAUAAUGCAAUAUGAAUUAAGAGGUAC